UUUUCUAUACUUUUUUUUCACACACACUAUAUAUAUUCAAAUACUCUCUCACGUCCUAUAAAAAAAUUACUUAAAAUUCCCCUUACGUAUAAAAUAUGACUAGAAGCAAGCAAUCUGUUUAUAACAACAAGCAUGAACGACAUGUAGCAAGAAAUGGUUUGACUGAUAUUCGUAGUCCAGUUAAAAAGUCGGGUGGAGGCUACGGAAAUUGGGGAAACUUGACCGAUGAAAUUGCCAAUGUGGACGAGUAAGUUUUACAUAUAUGGUCUUUAUUCCGUUCUUUGACUAUUACUGACAAAAUAUCUUCUUCUUUUUUUUUUUUUUUU